CCCCGACACCACGUGAACGCGCAGUACUUCCUGGUGGACGGGGCCGCUGCUCCGUGGUGUCGUAGUAAGUGAAGGCGGCCGAGCAGAAGCUGCAGGCGGCUGAGGGGAAGCUGCAGGCGGCCUCAGCGGAGAGAAGCGGCGCUAGUUUAACGCGGCGUGUGAAGGUUCAGCCUCGGCUGGAGUAAACAUGGGCAGCACCGUGAUGGAGUCCAACAAGCAGAGCGCCAAGAAGACGCAGAAGAAGCGGAGGAGUCUGCGGAUCAACAUGCCAGACUUUGGUGCAUUUACUUCACCACAAGUGGAGAUGAGCAGCUCGACAAAAAGUGGCGCUCAGACGGGAGAGCGUCUCAUUCGCUCAGCGAGCCCCAACACAGGAGUGUCUGCCAGGAGCCCGGCCAGCACCCCGCUGCCACCAUGCCCUCAGUCUGCUCCAGUGCAAUCGAAGAUGAGCUCCGGUUCACCCAGAACCAUCUUCCCCUACCCCAGCCACCAGAGCUCCCCGCCCAAGUCUCCCCGCCGCUUAAGCUUCAGUGGUAUCUUCCGCUCGUCGUCCGGCUCAACACCUACAAGCAUCAAGAUCUUCUCUAGAACCAGAAGAGGUGAGUGGAAGAUCACAUUGCAUUGACUGCCCAAUC